AUGAAAGUAUUGUUCUCAAUCUGUUUAUCAUUUGCCACAGCUUGCCCUCGUACACCAAAGAAACUGCCCUGCUGGUCGAAGUCAGCACCCAACCAUGGGCGCUUGCAGCGUCUCCAUGCUAGUGCAGUACCAUUGAGAGAUCAUGUUUUCGCAGCCUCAGCCACGACACCGCCGGUUUACCCACCAACAAUAUAUGCUCUCUCUACGGCUUCUGGGAAAGCUGCGAUAGCUGUUAUUCGUAUAUCUGGGCCUGCCUGUGUCGAGAUAUACAGGUCGCUUUGUCCUGGAAAGUCUACACCAAAACCUCGGAUAGCUACUCUCAGAGCACUCUAUACCCCCAAUCUUUCAGCAUCUCCCGAGACUGUCCUCGACUCAGGAGCAUUGGUUCUAUUUUUUCCAGGUCCUAGAACUGUGACCGGAGAGGACGUAUUAGAGCUCCAUACUCAUGGCGGACCAGCAAUUGUAAAGUCAGUACUUGCGGCUAUCUCCAAAUCAAGUCGCUGUGUGCGAUAUGCAGAGCCAGGGGAGUUCACACGACGAGCCUUUCUCAACAACCGACUUGAUCUUAUCCAAGUCGAGGCUCUUGGAGAUGUCCUUACUGCAACGACUGAACAGCAAGCCCGAAUUGCCCUACGCGGCACGACAAGCAGUUUGGCUAAGCGAUACGAGAGCUGGCGACAUCUACUAUUGUAUGCCCGUGGAGAGCUAGAAGCACUUAUCGAUUUCUCAGAGGAUCAACAUUUUGACGAAUCGCCGAAUGAUCUUGCUGUAUCCGUCGCUCAAAAAAUAUGGGUUCUUAGACAGCAGAUUGACCUUCACAGAGCGAAUGCAGUUCGUGGAGAAUUACUUCGGAACGGAAUUAGCUUAGCUCUCCUGGGUGCUCCCAAUGUAGGAAAGAGCUCGCUACUGAAUUGUAUCGUUGGCCGAGAUGCUGCAAUCGUAAGUUCUGAAGCAGGCACAACCAGGGAUGUAGUCGAAGUUGGCCUCGAUCUGGGUGGUUGGUUUUGUAAGAUCGGAGACAUGGCCGGGCUACGAACACCACAGAAUUUGCAUCAUGGAGCGGGAUCUACCCAGGAAACACCAUCAAUAGCCCAGCAUACGGACGUCGUAGGCGCUGUUGAAAGAGAAGGUAUCAAGCGCGCGAAGCAACGUGCGCUAGAGUCAGAUGUUGUCUUGGUAGUCUGCGCCAUCGAGAUAGGAGCACUAGGAGCGCCUCAGCUCAUCAUAGACGGCGAAGUCCAGGAGACAGCUCGCGAGUGCAUCAAUAAUGGCUCACAGGUUUUGGCAGUAAUAAACAAAGCUGAUCGCCUGUCCUCUUCAUUUCCAAUGGCGGAACAAAGCAAUCUUCGAAGGGUUGUCCAAGAUGCGUUACCGAUUCCAGAUGAAAGAAUUCAUUUCAUCUCUUGCACUGAAGCUACAAAGCCACAGGUAUCUGAAAAUGAUCCCGGCGCCAUCAGUGCGUUUCUCAAGGGCCUCAUAGCAGUUUUACGGGACAUGACAAGCGCACUGACAGACGCUGAUGCAGAGGCUGAUGAUGAGUCGAUGUGGAACGAAUCUUUGGGAGCUACUGAACGCCAUAGACUCCUGCUGGAGGAAUGUCUAACACACCUAGAUGAUUUCAUGAUCUUGGCAUUACCUACCGAAUCACGAGGGAUAACACAUCACCACUCGGACGAAGUAGACAUUGUUGUCGCAGCCGAGAGUUUGCGUGCUGCUGCUGGUUGUUUAGCCCGGAUUAAUGGCAGAGGCGAUAGUGGAGACGUCGAAGAUGUCCUUGGCGUAGUGUUUGAGAGGUUUUGCGUCGGGAAAUGA